CUCAGUUGCUGAUGGGUCACCCUGGGGAGGUAAGGUCAGGGGUCCCCCCUUCAUCAGUCAAAAGGAGGAAUGUGGUCCAGUUGAAGUGGCAUGGACAGGGUUCCCCUCCUAGCAGGAGAGAGGUGGUGGACCACCUGCUAGAGAUGGGCUUUAAAGCUAGCGAUAUAUUUGCCCUCAUUGCCCCUUUAGGGUCAGGGGAGUACAAUGUCUCUUUUGUCAGGAGUAACAUGUUGGAUGUGUUCUGGCAGAAGUAUGAUGACAGGUGGAAGGGGUCGGAGAGAUGGGAGGGGCUUGUCCCCAAGGUAAUUUCUAAGCAGCCUUUGGUUAAAAACAUUACCAUCCUUGUGCAUAAUGAAUCCAUCCCUGCAGCAGAUAUCAUGAUCUGGCUGCAAUGGUAUGGCGAAGUCCUGAGUCCCCUUAGGAAGGUUAAU